GGCGCGCUGGCCGAAGGAUCAUUCCAGAGUUUUUUCCUCCUUCGCGCGAGGCGAGGCGCAGCGUGAGCGGUGAAGGCGACAGGUGCGAAACAAGACGUCAACCGUCAGGCCGGCCAGCGGUUAAGGUUUGGGUGGCGCAGGGGUGCGAGUCGAGUGGUGGCUAUUUUGGGCGUGCCGUUCCCUUUGGUCGCGUCGUGGAGAUGAGAUGCAGGGCGGUGGGGGCCGAGAUGGCGUCGUUAGUUUGGCGUUGCUUUUGCCGUUUGACUGGCUGUUUUGAUUGCCCCUUGUCUCUAGCCCAUCCCUCCGCUUGCGCCUCAGCCCUCAGCCUACUCUAGCUGCCGCCUGACAAAUGCUCAGUAUAUAUCCUUUUCCCUUCCCGCCCUCCUUCUUUUCCGCUCGUAAUGCUCCGCAUCCGCUGCCAAAAUGCGCGACUCACUCGGUAGCGCUCUCAUCAUCGCUUCGGCUCUGCUUCCCGCGGCUCGCGCCGCCACUCCCGAGCCCUGGCCGCUCUGGUACAACGAGACAGUCGGCCCUGACGGUCCGUGGAAUGCCAUCCACUUUAGCAUCGACUUUCCCGACCAGCACGUGACAUUCCAUCCGUCACUCCUCGAGACAUCCCUCAUCAUCAACGCAUCGGCAUGCCAGGCCUCGAGCGCCAGCUGCCCGCUGCCCACGCCGGGCAUGUGGGAGGGCUCGGGCGCCCAGAGCCUCUCUGCCUGGAAGAACAGCGCGUCCUUUGAGCCUACGGCCCUGACCGACGAGGCCGGCAAGUACAUGACCGACGUCAUGGGCUUGGAGGGCAACAUGCGCUACAUCGCCGAGCGCUUCGUACUGCAGGCCAACGAGGGCCGCCGCUACAAGUUCUUGGACAACCACGUCAGUGCCGUGUCCGACAAUCUCACCGUCAAGUACCCGGGCGGCACGUCGUACACGCUCGACGUCGGCUAUUGGUCGCUCAACGGCAUGCAAGACACGUUCGGAUACAAGUCUGCCAACGGCAGCCAAUUGGAGAUGAAUACGACGCUUGCCGAUGCAGUGCUACAAGACGCCGUCGCCUCCACCAGCUACAGUCUGCACGUGGGCUCCGUGUCCCAGAACAUCUCGGGCAGCCUCUACCUCGGGGGCUACGACCGCACGCGCUGCAUCGGCACGCCCAUCGCCACCGACGACAACUCGUACCUGUACCUCGCCGACGUGGAGCUGGGCGUCGCCGAGGGCGGUUCCGCCUUCAUCAACACGUCGGCCAAGCGCACCACCGGUCUGCUCAAGACCAACGGCACCAAUGCCGCCAGCCUGCCCCUGUCCACCCGCCCCGACCCCGGCGUCCCGUACAUGUACCUCCCCGGCGCGACGUGCGACGCCAUCGCCGCCUACCUGCCCGUGCAGUACGACGCCGACUUCGACCUCUACCUGUGGGACACGACGGACGCGGCCUACACCAAGAUUAUCAACUCGCCGCACUACCUGUCCUUCAGCUUCCACACGGCCGGCAAGUCCGGCACGACGCAAAACAUCGACAUCCCCUUUGCGCUGCUGAACCUGACGCUCUCGGCGCCGCUGACCCCGUCGCCGACGCCCUACUUCCCCUGCCGGCCCUACGACCCCUCGCAGAGCGACAGCGCGCCGAGCACGAUCCUCGGCCGCGCCUUCCUCCAGGGCGCCUUCCUCGCCCAGAACUUCGACUCCAAGUAUCUCUGGCUGGCGCAGGCGCCGGGCCCCGGCGCAAUCGACUCGACGGACGUGCACGUCAUCGACGCAGACAGCACGAGCCUGACGGCCGCGAUCAGCCCCGUCUGGAACGCAACGUGGAGCAGCGUGCUGAAGCCGCUAGCCGGCGACGCGAGCGGCACGGACAGCGCGGGCGGCGGGGACAAGGAUUCGGCGAGCGACUCGGGCCUCUCGACCGGCGCGAAGAUUGGCAUCGGCAUCGGUGUCGGCCUGGGCGCCGCGAUCCUGCUGCUGCUGCUUGCACUGUUCUUCCUGCGCCGCAAGAAGCAGCAGCGCCGCCAUACCGCGGUGCCGACGUCGGAGCCUUCGCCCGCGCUCAUCGACGUCGAUGGCCCGACGGCGCCGCCAUACGAGGCACAGCAGCCUGGGUCGUGGGCGAUGCAGGAUCGUAAGGUCGGCGAGAUGGCGCCCGCCGUGGGCGAGCUUGAUAGCAGUAAUUCCGGGGCUGGGGUGCAGGAGCUGCCGAGUCCGGGGUUUGAACAUGGGCAUGGGCAUGGGAGGGGCCAGGCUUAUGAGCUGGCGUAGGGGGUUGUAGUGGAGUGGCGAGAGGUGAAUUAUAGAUUAUGGAUAUAAUGUGGUGGUGGUGGUGGUGGUGGUGGACAUGGGACUGGAGACGGGGUUGGGAUGAGGGGGCGAUGUAGUGUAUCUGUACGUAUAUAUGAUGAAUGCAUGGAUGAUAUACCCAG